AAACGUUCCUGUUUUGUUUGUUGUAUUAGAAAAAUCUAUAUUUUUUGUGUUUGUUUUGGUUGAAUAUUUGACAGAAACAAUGGUUGAGCAGUUUGUCGGUAAAUGGAAAAUGACUUCAAGUGACAACUUUGAUGAAUACAUGAAGGCUGUAGGUGCUGGGUUUGCCGCUCGGCAAAUGGCAAACCUGGCAAAACCCAAUCUGUCGAUUGCCGUGGAUGACCAGGGAUUCAUCUCCAUGAAAGCUGUCACCACAUUUAAGACUCUUGAAAUCAAAUUUAAACUGGAUGAAGAAUUUGAUGAAACAACUGCAGAUGAUAGGAAAGUGAGGACCACCAUGAGCCUUAUGGAUAAUAAACUUAUUCAAAAACAGACCUGGGAGGGCCAUACCACAAUAAUCGAAAGAGAGAUUCAAGAUUCCAAGAUGAUAGCGACAUGUACAAUGAAUGAUGUGGUCGCUGUCAGGACAUAUGAAAAAGAUGCAUGAAGUCUUGAACUCUGUGCAUUAAAACCACUGCUUUCGAUAUUAAUAUGGUUCUACUACAACCUUACUGCCUCUUACUGAAAUGUAUGACAUAAAUGGUUUUGUUGGCAUAAAA